AUGGCAGCCACUACCAGAGCGAUUACCAUAGCUAGCAGUUCAACCUACUCUCUUCUCACCACCAAUAAGCCCUUUCUUGGUCCCCGUGCCCUUCGUCUUAACAAUCUCAAGGUUUCUUCUAGACCUACUAGGUCUUAUACUUGUAAGGCUAUCUAUUACCCUGAGGUUACUGUCAAGGAGGAUGGUCAGCCACAAACCCUUGAUUAUAGAGUCUUCUUUCAUGACAAAUCUGGUAAAAAGGUUUCUCCAUGGCAUGAUGUUCCAUUGCAGCUAGGUGAUGGCGUCUUCAACUUCAUUGUUGAAAUACCAAAAGAAUCCAGUGCAAAGAUGGAGGUUGCCACCGACGAGCCUUUCACUCCUAUAAAACAGGAUAUUAAAAAGGGGAAGCUUCGCUUUUACCCCUAUAAUAUACAUUGGAACUAUGGCUUACUUCCACAAACAUGGGAAGAUCCAACUCUUGCAAACGAUGAAGUUGAAGGAGCAUUCGGAGAUAAUGAUCCAGUUGAUGUCGUUGAAAUCGGUGAAAGCCAAAGGAAGAUAGGAGAGGUUCUCAGGGUCAAACCCUUGGCUGCAUUAGCCAUGAUUGAUGAAGGAGAACUUGAUUGGAAAAUAGUAGCAAUUUCAUUAGAUGAUCCAAAAGCUUCACUUGUGAACGACAUCGAUGAUGUUGAGAAUCAUUUUCCAGGAACCCUCACUGCAAUUAGGGAUUGGUUCAGAGACUACAAGAUACCCGACGGGAAGCCUGCUAAUAGAUUUGGCCUCGGCAACAAGGCAGUAAACAAGGAUUAUGCGCUAAAGGUAAUCACAGAGACGAAUGAAUCUUGGAGUAAGCUUGUGAAGAGAUCAAUUCCUGCUGGAGAGCUGUCACUUGUGUAA